CCUGAGGUAAGAGCUGAGCAAAAGUUGAGAGCUUCUCCCGGGAAAACUCGCCCAGUUCCUUUUGCGUUUACCGAAGUAUGGAAGCUACGUUUGUCUUGAUUCUUGGGUUGUAAUCUGCUCGUUAUUGUUGUUUUUGGUCGAGAUUCAUCACUAAUCCUUAUCCGACCUUGGAUUUUGGCUUAGAACGAUGUGCUUCGGCCAAAAACUCAAAAACUAGAUGGUGCGGCGCUGAUUUUACUGUGUACGAGGGUUUACGAGGGUCUUGAUUUCAGCUCGUUUCUUAGUGUUUCAGAGACGAAAUUCACAUCUGAGUGCAAUUCCGAGCUUGGAUAUGUGUUUAGUAUGUUAGUUUUUGGCUUAAAACCUAAAAACGUUCUGGUUCGUGAAUGUUACUGUUUAUGGCGUAGUAGCUUCGAUUCAGGCCUGUUGUUUCUGGAAUUGAGUUUUGUAGUUUGUUGAUCCUCUUUCGAUACCCUGUUGCUAAGCGAGAGAUUGGUAAGUGGAACCCCAAUUCUGGACAGAUUUUCGGGUACUGUACACCUGCGAAUUUUGGCUUACCUUCAGGGGCGCGACGAGCGGUUUUUGACGAACUGCAGGGAUGGGAAAAAUUAAACAGAGCAAGGGGGAGCUUUCAGCAAGAAUUACCAAGUCAAGAGCAGGGUUUGAGCUAUUGGAUGGGCUUGAAGAUGAAUUUCCUUUGCUAAGCUCUACUAAGCAUGCUGAAAAAUCUGCUACUAAGGAAGCUGGAAAAAAAUCUGCUGUUGGGGAAGAAAGUGUGCAGGCAGCAGUACCUAAACCUACGUCUGCUGUUGCAAAGGAACCAACAUCGACUGGGAAGUCAUCUUCUUCUAAACCUGUUAAUUCGCAGGUUGGAUUGGCUUCUCAAAUUGACCCAGGGACUGCAGGGACUGUUAAUCAAGCUGGGAGUGCUGCUAAAGCUAGACCUACGGCCUGUGCAGGGGAGAUUUCUGGAAAAAUUGUUGCUGAUGCAGCAGGUAUUUCAGCUACCAAACCUGGGCUGACUGCCCCAACCCAGGUGGAUGAUGAACCAGCUCUGCACAAACAAACUGCUGCUAAACAGUCUGGCGGAAACAAGCCUGCAGUACAUGAUGAUGUUACUGCCAAUAAGAGCCACGAUAAAAAUGGGGGUGCAGGGGUUGCUAGAGCUUGGUCUUCACUUUUCAAAGACAACCGGGACACUUCAAAUGGUUUGAAAUUGAGGUAUAUCCCGCCGAAAGGUACUUCUUUAGAUUUUACGGAUAGAGUCUUGCCCUCUAUGGUCGACAUGCGGGGAUUUUGUCUUGUGGGUUUCUUUACCGGGAAGUUUCCGGGCCUUAAAGCGGUGUAUGACUUGAAAAACACUUGGGGGUUACUUGCAUGGUUGAUAAGCAUAACAAGGGAUGAAUUAUUUUCAAAUUUAAAAAUGAUGAAGAUAGAUCAAAAGUGUUGAAUGGAGGUCCUUAUACCAUCUUUGGUAUACAACUCAUGUUAAAAACGCUUUCGGAAGAUUUUUCCUUUGAUGACGAUGAGUUUCUCAAAGUCCCGAUUUGGGUAAAAUUUCCUAAUCUACAUAUGAAACUUUGGAAUGAGGAGGCUAUGAGUGAGGUUGCAUCUAUGGUAGGGGUCCCGCUUUCUACAGACAAAGUAACUCAAGAUAGGAGUAAUCACCACUUUGCUAGAGUUCUGAUUGAGGUUGAUCUUUCUAAACCACCCCCGCUUUCUUUUCCUAUACGGUUACCUUCCGGUAAGGUAGUCAAACAAAUGGUGGUUUAUGAAACUUUCCCUCACUUUUGUUUCCAUUGUAAAAUGUAUGGACACCAUCCAUUCAUUUGCAAUAAAUUGGCAUCAAAAGAACGGGACUUGGCUAUUGUUGAUAAGAAAGAGAAUAUUCUGAAUGAGGGUUCUCAAGUGGAUAUUGUGGAAAUUGAUGUACCUGCUGCCCAGCCAGCUACCCAGGAGACUCCAGCUGAUUCUGCUGCUGCUUACCCGACCGGGUGCUACACUGACCCGACCGGGUCUAUUGGGCAGGCUGUGUCCCAGGUGUCUGCCAGCGCUGAUAUGGGUGGUUCUACGGGUUUGCACACAGACCAAGGGAUUGUAGGGACUGAGCCCACUAUCUAGGGGGCUAAAUCAGACUCCGUGCCCGAAUCAGAGGAGGAAGAUGACACAAAAGAGGAUGAAUCUGAUGAUGAGCCGAAAGAUGAGGAGGAACAGAGAAUUCUUGAUGAAUACUGGGGAAAAAUUUCUCAAUAUAAGAAGAUGAAGAAAAGGAUGGUAGCUGAGCCUGCUCAAAUAGGUUUAGGCUAAGUUGAUACUGGUUCCCACUAGCGGUUAUUUGAUUGUCCUUAUUUAAUUCCUCUGAUAAGUGGAUAUGGGGAAUGCCCCGUUAUUUUGUUGAUACAUUACAUUUAGGUUAGAUUCAUCUAACUUAGAUAGUCUUUUUAGAGUUUGUGUGAUACAUUGUAAAAUGUUAUUUUUGGGUGUUUUUUAAUAUAUACUUACAUUUCAUCCAAAAAAAAUACAUGUAACCAGUGAAUGAAUUAGUGAAUUCAGUUCAAAAGUGUUUUAUUCUCUAA